GCUAUAGUCUAUUAUUUCCAGGAGAGGGCAGCAUUUUCCUAUAUCAGCUAAUCCAAAAGUAAAUGAGGAACUUAGGAAAAGAUUGCCAACUCCAAAUCAACACAGUUACACAGAAUUGAAAAAGAAGCGUACAGCUUCAUUUGAGGGACUCCUGUAAGGAACUCAGUGUUCUGCGAUAUGAGUUCUAAAAUUGUCAAGGGAAAACUGGACUCAGUGCCAGAUCAAACAAGUUCAGAAGAACAAAUGGAGAACUGGUCAAAAGAAACACACAUCCUGGAACAGAAAACAGAAGAUUUUUGUGUUGAGUUUCAGUUUCAUCAGAAUUCUCAAAAAAACCCAGAAUUUUUCAUCCAGGCAGAAGCUGAAGCACAAAAUCUUUCAGAUUUGUCAGUAACCAGUCAAAGAAGAGGAGCUCCAAAUGAUUUUAAUUCCAGUCCUGAAGAAUCAAGCACCGUAGAAAGACAGGCUAACAGGAUGCUCCCUGAAUUUACAUCCUCAUGGAAGGGUGCUGCAGAUUUAGCUGGAAAAACAGAAACUGCAUUCCUUUUAAAAGAAUUGGACACUCUGAGGGCCAAAAAUAAAAAGUUUCAAGAUAAGCUGUCUGAAAAGGACAAGGAGCUGAAGACAAUAAAACUGGACUUAGAACUGCAAGAGAGAGCUACAGAAGCUAAGAUUGCAGAAAAGAUUGCAGCUCUGGUGGAAGAAGUUUAUUCUGCUCAACGGGAACGUGACGAGGCUGUCAUGGCAAGGCUUAGAUUAGCCAAUGAAGAGAGAGAUGAAGCAUUUCUACGAGUCCAGCGUUUAGAAGAGUCUCUCAAAGAGCUAGAAAAUAUUAACCCUGAAGAAAAUGACAUGACAUUACAGGAAUUACUGAACAGAAUAAACAAUGCAGACACAGGGAUAGAUAUACUGAAGAAUGGAGCUAUAAUUCUGAAUCGAAUACACAGGACCAAAGAACGUAAAAAGAAAAUAAUGUCUGAUGAAAUGAAUGCAGUAAUAGAACAACGAGAUGCUGCUUUGUCUCAAUGCAAACGGCUGGAGCAGGAGCUUCAUCAUCUGAAAGAGCAGAACCAGACUUCAGCAAACAACACGAGACAUCUGACUGCUGAAAACAAUCAAGAACGUGCUCUGAAGGCAGACUUGAUAGCCUUGCAACAAGAAAAAGAGGCCGCUCUUCAACAGUGCAAAAAAUUAGAAGAAGAAAUCCAGACAUUGCGUGUUUAUUACAGCCUAUACAAAUCUUUGUCUGAAGGAAUGAGUCUGAAGGACCAGCUUAACUGUACUUUCGGUACUUCUGAAGGUGGGCUGCAAGGCAGGGGGGAUGUUGUGACCCUUACCUAUCGCCAGAUUGAAGAUCUGGCAGCUCAGCUGCAGCAAGCUCGGUCAGAGCAAAAGGACACAGAGCUGAAGCUCCAGAAAGCCCUGGAGGCUUCACGGGAGGCCAAUGAAAAAGUUCAGAAGUUGGAAAGGCUGGUGGACGUCCUGAGGAAGAAGGUUGGAGCAGGGACCAUUAGGACCGUGAUCUGAUUGAAAGCUCUAGUCUAAGGAAGCAUUCACAUCUGGUGACCAGGCUGCUUCAUUCAGCACUGUGUAAACACUAAAGCCUUAACUUAGCAAACAGUUGUUAGAAGUGGGACACUCCAGCGACAUUCCAAGCUGAGAUAAAAUCAAAUCAUAAAUGUUUAACUACUUUGCUGCUGAGUUCUGUGAUUUGUUGAAAUGUUUCACUGCAAACAUAUAUUUGUUUUUAAGCAGAUGCAUUGUGGCACUGUGUACUGUGAAAAAUGAUGUAGAUGCUUAUUUUAACAGUCUGUCCUCUCGGUGUUACUAGACUAUAGUCUGCUGCAAGGCACAGCUUGAUCAUGUUUUCAAAUACUACAGGCUUCAGGUGCAAAAUCCUGCAAAGCAGUUUCAAAAUUUAAAUCCCUUACAUUAUUUGUGAGACUGCAAACAGUCCAGUAUUUGUAUGUUAAAUAUAUUAAUUGAUAAAGUAGGUU